CUUUUCUUCCCUUCUUUUCCUUAUUAUUAUUACUACUAGAAAAUACAAUGACAGAAACACUUACACUUGACAAUGCAAAGGAUCUCUUGCAAAAUGAUACCAAGAUCAAAGUAGCCGCUGUUGAUAUUGAUGGUUUACUACGUGGCAAGAUCAUUCAUAAAGAUAAGUUUCUGCAGGUCAUUGAAGACGGGUUUGGUUUCUGCUCUGUUAUCUUUGGCUGGGAUAUUCAGGACAACACUUACACUACAUCUAUUGAAUUUGCUGGAAAAGAUUGUCAAUAUUUUGAUUUGAUUGCCAAGAUUGAUUUGGCUUCUUAUCGUCGUAUUCCGUGGGAAGAUAACAUCCCUUUCUUCCUUGUUCAUCUCUAUCAUCCUACCACCAAUAAGCCAUUGUACUGCUGUCCUAGAAGUUUGCUUACAGGUGUUGUUGAUGAUUUCAAACAAAUGGGUAUAGUUCCUUAUUGUGGUGUUGAGUUUGAGUUCUUUUGCUUUCAGGAGACCGCAAAGAGUCUAGCUGAUAAAGAAUACAGUCAACCUAAACCUUUGACUGUGGGCAUGUGUGGCUAUUCACUCUUGCGUCCUUUACAGAACCAAGCAUUCUAUUACAAUUCAUUUGACUGGCUCAAGCAAUUCAAGGUCGAUGUCGAAAGUUGGCAUACAGAAACAGGUCCUGGUGUCUUUGAAGCUGCCAUUCUUUACCAAGAGGCAAAAGAAGCGGGUGAUCGUGCUGCAUUGUUCAAGACAUCCAUGAAGCAGAUCGGUUUAAAACAUGGUGUCAUGACAUCGUUCAUGGCCAAACCUUAUGGUGAUCAGCCUGGUUGCUCAGGCCAUAUGCAUUUCAGUCUCAAGAACAGUAAGGGUGACAAUGUGUUUGCUGUGGGUGAACCAAGUGAUGUGCCUGGAUUGACUCAACAUGGUGUUUGGUUCUUGGCUGGUGUGUUGAGAGGACUGCCUAGUAUUUUGGCCAUUUUAGCACCUACUGUAAACAGUUAUAAACGACUUGUGGAAAACUAUUGGGCACCUGUAAGUGUUUCAUGGGGUAUGGAUUCUCGUCACAGUGCAGUACGUGUCAUUGCAUCUGGUAAUUCUACAAGAAUGGAAAUGCGUGUUUCAGGUGCAGACAUUAAUCCUCAUUUGGCUUUGGCUGCUAUCCUAAAAUGUGGCUAUUGGGGUAUCAAGACGAAACAAGAAUUACCAUCAGGACCAAGUAGUACAGCUGAAGAUGUUUCCAAACAAGAGCGUUUGGCACGUACUUUACAAGAAGCUGCUAAUGCAAUGGACCAAGAGGGAUCUGUUGCUCGUCAAGUGUUGGGUGAUGAAUUUGUUAAUCAUUACGUUAGUACAAGAAGACAUGAGUGGCAUUUGUGGCAAAAUGCAGUAACUGAUUGGGAAUUAAAGCGUUAUAUGGAGCUUGUUUAGUUUAUUUUUAAAUAAAAGAGAACA